UUUCUACUGUGACAUCGAGUGCAUUAUUAGAUACUGAUAUUUUAUACAUAAUGAAGAACAUAGGGAUAUUAAUUUUUUUGGUGGCUAUUACUUUAGCAAGUUCACUUGAUAAAAGGUGCAAAUUACCAUUAGUUUCUGGAAGCUGCUUGGCGUACUUUCCCAGCUACGGAUACAGAGUGGAGACAGGGAAAUGUGAGAGCUUCAUAUACGGAGGUUGCGAAGGGAAUAAAAAUCGCUUCGAGACUCGGAAGGAAUGUGAAGCAGUUUGUAAUGAGGAUCUGUACAGUCAUAGAAAAUUCAAUAAAACUAGCAUCUACGAUAAACUUUAUAACCUAAGAAUGGCAUUAUUAUAUCUUUUUGAAUUAUCCAAAUUGGGGCAUUACUUCCGAAGAUGUUAAGUAAUAAACAUAGAACGCCCGUUAGUAAUUUGGCCAUA